AUGGCGGCUCCUAUCGCUGUAAGCCUUACUUAUUGUGCCUUUUAACGCACUUCACAUACUAAACGGCUACUCAAGAACACCGCGGGCGAGAACCAAAGCUCUACAGCUACCGUAGUUGUAGACAAAUACGAUGCAAGUCCACAUCUUCGCAUCCACUUCUUCCCAUCCACAUACCUAGGAAAUCUUCACUAACACGCUAAUUAACCAGACUGUUGCAUCCACACCCAUGACUCUCCGAGCACGUCAACUUCUUUCGACAAUUUUGGCUCCUUUGGGGCUAAAACCUGUUGUUGAUGGAAUCAAUGACACUCUCCUGGCAAUUGGAGCCAAGUAGAUGGGGAACAUGAGAUUUGCACCCGUUUAUUGAGACAGGCUUUUGGGUAGCACAUCUAGAGUAAAGAAGGAAGGGGAGGUGUGGAGGAGGUUUGAUUUUCUAAGUUUUUGAAGUUUUUUAUUAUUGAGAAAUUUGGUUCGGUUAUUAAUUGGUAGAGAAGCUAUGUUUUAGAAGGAGUUACCGUAGUGGCAUUUUUUACAUCGUUAGUACUGUAGAAGAGCUCAAGUUACAUCACC